GGGAGCGUGAGGGGCGCGGGCACCGCCGCAGGGAUUGGCAUCCUGAGGGACGCGGGCACCGCCACCCUCGGCGGGACAUGGGUCCAAAAGCAAAAAAAAAGGGAAAAUCUAAGAAAGAAAAAGAAGCAAAGCUGAAAGCUGAAGCCCUAUUACGAGCUCAACAAGAAGAAGAAGAGAGACUUGAAAGGGAAAGACUGUAUCGAGAGCACUUGGAAAAGCUUGAGGCAAAGUAUCAAGGAGAGAGGGAGACUGAACUAGCAGAACUUAAUUCACUGGAACAGAAGUUUCUUUCUGCACAGCAGUGGAAAAUGGAUUAUAGAGAACAAGCCAAGUGGGAGCACUACCUCAGCUGUGAUGGGACUCCUGACCCCACUGUACCUCAGGAAAUCAACACUUUCAUGAGCUUGUGGCGUGAUGACCAAGAUGAGGACAUUCAGCUUGUGAUGACGAAGGAGGAAGUAGUGUUAAAUUUGAUUGAGAAGUUGGAGUUUCUUCUGUUGGAGGCAUCACCAGAAGAGGUCACAGACAAACAAAGAGACCAGUACCAGGAAGUUAUUCUGCAAUUGCAGGAUCUGCUUCAUCAGAAGUACAAUGAUGCUACCCAGAACCUGCUCAAAAUAGCUAGUAUGUAUGAAGAUUCUGAAACUGGGAAUAUGCACACAGUCCUAAAGGAUAAAAACAUUACUUUCUGUAUUUGGGUCAAUCUGAAGAAGAAAGCAAGGUUCAAGGACCAUGUGUUCCAGGAGGCAGGGCAUGGCUUUGAGCUGCCCAAAUCCUUGGCUCUGAGCAGCGUGGCCGUUCGUGUGCUGCACACCCACUACGACCACUUGUCUCCCCUGUGGGUGCAGUGCCAAGGGCUGCCGAGGCAGGAGGCCUCAGACAGCAUGGAGUUAGCUGAGCAUCCAGAAGACACUGGGCAAGGACCAGGAGAGGAGGAGGAGAAAGGCAGGGAAGAACCCAAUGUGCCUGCUGCAGAAGAAACGGGUUCUAAGGGGAGAAAGGAGAGUUUCACCUCACUGAAAGAGACCAGCAAUAACACAGAUGAUAUAAAAGAGACAGAGGAGGAGACUGGGAAGAAUUCAGACAUUUUGGAUGUGCCGUCGCAAGAAGAGGAUUCCCUGCUGCAGGAGGAGCCAGGAGGCAAAGAAGAGGCACCACAAAUUGUGGAUUUGGAGCAGCUGGUGCCCGUGGGGGGUGUGUACCACAUCUCUGCCCUGCAGCUGCCACCCCAGGCCCAGGACGUCAGGGACUGGACCAUGGUGGAGCUGCUGGAUGUUGGAUUGGAGGUGUAUCCAUAUUCCUCAGGAGAGGCUGAAGAUGGCACACAGGAAGCAGUACAGAUAACCCUGAGGCUCCCUGAUAAUGUGAUUUAUUUUAAAGUGCCUGUACUAGCCCGAUGGGAUCCUGCAGGCCAGCAGUGGAGAACUGAUGGCAUCAGCAAGAUAACCUAUGAAGCAGAAGAAAAGAGCAUCACCUUUAGUAUGGGUGCCUUUUAUACAGUAGCCCUUCUCCAGGAUGCUCAUCUGAACCUGCCCUAUCAGGCCUGGGAAUUGCAUCCUACUGGUGUGGAUGAAGGACUCUUCACAGUUACUGCAGUCUUUGCAACCAUUCAGAUACAAAUUAAGGAUAAUCAGUGUAUGUUGUCUUCAGUAGUGGUGGAGGAGGAGGAGGUGCUUUCCCACAUCACAGGAAAAUGGAUGAGUCCUUUUGCCCUCAGAGAAGCUUUGAAAAGAGCUGGAGUGAACAUUUUCCCAGCAGAGUACUCUCCCAAGUAUGUCCCUGUGCCCAGAAAGGCUGCCCGGGCAGAAGUGAAGGCCUAUGAACAGAUGGCUCUGCUUGCAGCUGCUUUUUAUGCUUUUGCUCACAGCAAGUGGAAUAAAGAAGCAGGGCCAGAGAAAGUCGUGUUCAAGGUAAGCGAACAUCUCACAGCAGGUUCUGCCAAAGACAACGACUGGGCCCUUUUUAUGUUCAGUGGUGAGAAAGUACAAAACCUCAAGCUCACUGAAACCAGUGAGCCUUUUUCAGAAGAGCUGGAAGAAGAGUCUGAAUUUCACUCCACACUUUACCAUAUGCUCAAGGAUUCUGCCAGCAAUGAAGCCAUGGAUAAAGUGGAAAGAGCUGGCUUCCUGUUUAUUGAUUCUGUGUAUCAGCUGCUUCUUGUUACCAGAGUCUUAGCAUACUCUUAGUUACUGCAUGCUUUCCUUCAAAACUUUAUUAUCAAAAGCUUUCAAUAAAGUUACAUUUCAAGUCUUAAACCCUUUUCUAUUCAAAUCAUUGACACAGGUUCUAAAAUGCAAACAUUUUAUCUUUAUUCAAGCAAAAUAAAUUCUUUAUUCAAUUGUGCCUA